UUCUGUAUCACUGGCCGGUAUUUCAGAACGCUGCCUUUGUCAAACAUUAAAAUCCACGUGGGUAGAAGAUCAGAGUCUGGAAAAGACAACAAGCCAACCUGAAAAUGCAGAAGGGUGAUUCUUCUCGUAUAAUCUUAGAGGAAUACGCCAUUUCCAACGCUGUGGAACAUUCCAUUGUUCAAAAAGGAGAACCAUGGAGCAUCGAGAAAUUUGCAGAGAACCUCAAGGUGGAGAUCAUCAGAGAAGGAGAUAACGGGAGAGAGUUAGAGUUUGAUCUAAUUGGCUGUGCCCCAGCUUUGGCAAAUGCAUUUCGUAGAAUCCUAUUGAGCGAGGUACCUUCAAUGGCUAUAGAAAAAGUUUUCAUACGAAAUAACACGAGUCUAAUCCAAGAUGAGGUUCUGGCUCAUAGAUUAGGAUUAUUGCCUUUACGAGCAGAUCCUCGUUUGUUUGAAUAUCCGGCAUUACCGGUAAGUGAAGAUGAAGAUGCUAGCGAUCAAGACACUCUGCGCUAUGAAUUAAAAGUGACUUGUUCGUUGAAUCCACAUCCCCGUAAAGAUUCUCGAAGACCGGAGGAUAUUUACAUUAACGACAAUGUUUAUAGUAGAGAUGUGAAAUGGGUACCACUUGGACAGCAGGCAGAAAUUUAUCCCAAAGGCGAAGAGCAGCUUGGCGUCUUGGAAGGUGACAUAUUAAUAUGCAAGAUGCGUCCCGGUCAGGAAAUACAUGCUUUUAUGCACGCAGUUAAAGGGAUCGGCAAAGACCACGCCAAAUUCUCGCCAGUAGCCACUGCUACGUAUAGAAUGCUGCCUGAAAUUAAACUCACGAAACCAGUCAAAGGGGAGAUGGCUGAGCGCUUGAAGGGCUGUUUUAGUCCUGGAGUAAUUGAAAUUGUUCGGGAUAAAAAGAAUGGGCCAGACGAUCGUGAGGCUAGGGUGAAAAAUGCCCGGUACGACAGCUGCUCCAGGAAUGUAUUCAGACAUAAUGAUCUCAAGGAAUGCGUUCAGCUGACCCGUGUGCCUGACCAUUUUAUCUUUACCAUUGAAUCGCUCGGUGCUUUACCUCCAGCUGUUCUCUUCCUGGAAGCAGUCAAAACUUUGAAAGCAAAGUGCAGGACUUUCAUCGAAGAAAUCGACAACAUUGCUUGAUGCGAUACUACGAAAUUGAUUUAUAAAUUAAAAAAACAGAUGCAUUUUUAAUAAAAUCCCGCACCCUUUGGCAGUGUACUAUUGCUAAUUCUUUCUUCCUAGGUCUAACAAUUGUCAAGCACACAAAUAAGGGGA